AUGGCAAAGACAGUGGAUUUCUUCAAGUGUUACAAUCCUAAAUUCAGCGCACUAAGAUUGGAACUGCCAAGAGCUUUUAGUUUGCAAUUACAAGAAACUGUGCCAGAGAGGGCAUUCCUUAGAGAUCGCUACACAAAUAUAUGGCCUGUGAAAAUGGCCAAAUUUGAAAAUGACUGGUUCUUUUGUGAUGGCUGGGAAAAAUUUGUGGAAGAUAACUCUCUGGAAUUUGGGGACAUCUUUGUGAUCCGAUAUGAUGGGGACAAUUUAUUUGACAUAAAACUACUGGGGUUGUCAGGUUGUGAUAAGGAGGGUUUUCAUGAGAAUCAAGAACAAGGUGAAGCACAAGUGGAGCAAGUGGCUCAUGGUCGAAAACAUCAACGUCGUCUUGAUCCUUACGGUAAUGACAUUUUCAGUUUGGGCUUGGCUAUACGGCCAAGAAAUCCUUACUUUGUCACCAAGAUCAGGACAUAUCGGCGGAAUGAUUUUUAUAUCCCCAAGGAGACAAUAAAGGACUUCCAUCUGGACAACCUACCUCAAGAGAUGUUUCUCAUUGAUCCAGAGGGCAGACAAUUUCAAACGAAGUUGACAACAUGGAAGGAUGGGCGAGUAUGGUACAGCGGAGGCUGGAAAAGUCUCUGUGCCUUGAACUCUGUAAGAGGAAAGGACACAUGCAUCUGUGAAUUUGUCGGAGUCUGUGAACUCUUGAUGCUCUAUUUUCUUUCCUUUUCUGGAUGCUGGCGUUCUUUGAACUCUGCUCAACAGCUUUUUCUUGGAAGAUCAAAAUAG